AUGAAGAAACAACAACAAGCCUUAUUCACUUCGGCCAUUUCUCAAUUAUUUUGUUGGAAUAAAGCCUCAUCGUCCUACUCUUCCUUCUGUUCGGCUAUGGCUGGCACUGCGACUAAUUCUUCAAGAGUAGUGGUUUUGAAGAAGAAUUGGAUGAUGUCCGAUCAUUGGAACUCGGUAAGAUGUUUUUCUACCAGUGGAUGGAUGAACGGAAGACCAAGAAAAAAGGAUGUUGCUGUGGAACAAGAAUCAUCGGAGGUUCCAAAGACUGUUGCUGCUGAAUCAUCAUCUACAACAACAAUGGAUACAUCUGGCAACACGGAGAACACAUCAACACAAAAAACAACACGAGGAAGAAAAUCCAAAACUACCAUUACAGAUGCCGAACAAGUAAUUGAUAAAACAUUUUCACAAGAAAAGCAACAAGAAAUUUUGGUGCAGUCCAUGGAUAAACUCACAAAGAAGUAUGAAAAAUUGGAGAAGGCUGUUGCUGCUCAACAAGAAUUGUUGGGAAUGAUGUCUACAACGUUACAUGUCAUCGGAGAACAACAAGUUCAAAACAGAGUAUUGCAAUUACUAAAGACAUACAAAAUAAUUCCUCUAAACACACCACAAAAUGCAAAUCCUUUUGUUAGAAUUAACUCAAGAGAUAAAUUGGAAACACUAGUCACUGGUUUCAUCAAUUCACAACAUUUACCAACAGCCAUUCAAAGCAUCAAAAAGGCUAUUCCACACCAAUUAUUUGUCAGUGGUUUAGAUGGCUCCAUUCAAUCCUAUCUUGAUAUUAUGAAUCCAAAUUGGGUUCAUUCUCAAUCGGGUGGUUCAUUGCAACAUUUAGUGAGUGGUGAUGUUUGCAUGGUUGGUACUCUGGAAAAUGUCACUCAUGCUCUCCAUCGAGCUCUUCGUUAUCCAAUCAUGGUCAGAAGAUUUACUUCAAAAGUUAAUAAUUUAUUAUUCCAACAUGCUGAACAAAGAUUGUCAAUAACACAAGGCAUGGAAAAGGUAACGCUUUUUGUCGUUGUUGGAACUCCAAAAUCCUACUUUGAUGAAACAAUUCCUGCCCGAUUUUUCAACAGAACUUUCACUGAGAGAGAUUUUGACGAUUUGGAAACUUACAUUUUGGACUCUUUUGAAGGAACUGUUGUUAUCCCAGACGAUUCGGAAUUGGAAAAUUUAAUAAUUAAGAGCGAUCCUAUUAAGGAUCCAUUAGGUGUUUGGAAAUUGUUACUAAGCAUUGAAUACAAUAACGAACGAGUAUUGGCCAAGAAGGCUCCUGGAGAGAAGAGAGAAGUUGACCCAGAAGUUGUGACCAAGGUUCUGUUAUUAGCCUUACUCAAACUUACCAGAAUUCACAAUUUUGAUUUAUUCUUGGGAAGUGUUGUCAAUCCUCUCAAUUAA